UGUGGCAGUUUUUUAAAGUACUAUAAAAUUUUUCGAAUUUUUUUGAAAUUUUUUUAUAAAAAUUUUCGAGCAUUCCUAUUAUGAUUUCUGUAGGAAAAAAAUAUUGUUUGAUUUUUAGAAUUGUCUGGAGGGGAUUAAAUGGGGCCAGUCUUUUUAAUCUAAAUUUUAAAGAUUUUUAGAAAUUAAAAAAAAAAUGAAAAAAAUUUUUUUCUUGAAAAUUAAAAUAAAAAUAGAGAGAGAAGAUAAAAUAAAUAAGGACAACAAACACACACACAAUUGGUUUGACAUUUACAUAAAAUUGGGCAAUAUUUUUAAAAACCUUUUUUUGGGAGGGAUGGGGGAUGUGAAUUUAUUUAUGUCGUUUUGCAAGCAAUUCUUCCUCUUAUUUUUACAAUCCCUUCCCUUUAUCCCCCUCUUAUUUUCUCGCUUUUCUCUCUUUUCUCCCGCAUUUUUGGCCCAUCAAUCUUUUUUGGAAAAACGGCACUGCGCGGUUGGUGACUCUAAAUAAUUUUUACAGUUGUUGUGGCCUUAACCGUUUAUAAAAAAAGAAAAUUGAGGAAGAAAACCCCCAAGGGAGCAAUAUAUAAAGUGGUAAAGAGGGAGAUUGGUGGUUGGUACACAGGUCAUGAAAAAUUGUUUUUUUUUAGUCGAAAAAAAUUUUUUAGGGUGAGGUUCGAGAUCUGAGUCUUUAAAAAUUUUUUUCUGAUUUUUGUUCUGAUUUCUUCUGAUUUUUAAUUCUAAUUUUGUUUCUGGUUUCUGAUUUUUUCUGAUUUUGUUCUGGCAAAUUUAGAUGAAAAUUUGGAAAUAGAAAAAAAGGGGAAGAAGCUGGUUGUUCUAAAUAUAAACAAAUUGACCAAUUGAAGGGGAAAGUAUAUUUAUUUAGUGGGUUGGACGACUUUCUUUGUUAUUUAUAUAUCCAAUUUUUAUAUUUAUAAUUUUAAACACAAUGUUUGUGCCUAUUUUGAAUUGAGAUAUAAGGGGGGGGGGGGAGGAGGAGAGGGUUGCAUUUCCAUAAAAGAAAAAAUAUUCUUCUCUUCCUGUUCAAUUUAAAAAUUAUUCUCGAAUUUCAUAAAAAAUAUGAGCAGCCAGCCGGCUUUUGCAAAAGCCGAUUUGGAAAAAUUUGCAUUUUUAAAAGAAUUUUUUGUAUAAUUGGGAAGAAGAGAAGGGAAAAGAGCGUUGAGUAGCUGGAGUAAGUUUCUGAGAAGGAUGAUGAGUUUAAAGUUAAAUUAGUGGAAAAAUAAGUUGUGA